UUGGUACAUGAAAUUGAAAUCGAAGAACCGCAACAAAACACUCCGACAUUCAACACAUUAUGGAUCACCGGCUCUUUCUCCUCCUCUCCUGUUCUCUUCUCGCCGUUGCCUCUUUGGUCGCCGGAGACGACGCCUUCAUCCGUCAGGUGGUCGACGACCGAGUCCAGUCGUUGAACACGGAGGAGCAUCUGCAUCACUUCGGUGUCUUCAGGCGAAAAUUCGGUAAAUCAUACGCGUCACAGGAAGAACAUGAUUACAGGUUCACUGUCUUCAAAACUAACCUCCGCCGCGCAAAGCGUCACCAGAAGCUUGAUCCAUCGGCGGUCCAUGGCAUCACUCAAUUCUCCGACAUGACUCCAUCGGAAUUCCGAAAGCAUCUCGGACUGAGAUCUCGUCUCAGGUUCCCGGCGGACGCCAGCGAGGCUCCGAUCCUUCCGACAAACGAUCUUCCCGAUGAUUUCGAUUGGAGAGAUCAUGGUGCAGUCACCAAUGUGAAGAAUCAGGGUUCGUGUGGGUCAUGCUGGUCGUUUAGUACAACUGGAGCACUCGAAGGUGCUAAUUUCCUUGCUACAGGGAAGCUUGAAAGCCUUAGUGAACAGCAACUUGUUGAUUGUGACCAUGAGUGUGAUCCAGAAGAAAAGGAUUCAUGUGAUUCAGGAUGUGACGGAGGUCUGAUGAACAGUGCUUUUGAGUACACUUUGAAAGCUGGUGGGCUUAUGAGGGAAGAAGACUAUCCUUACACAGGGAGCGAUGGUGGAAGAUGUAAAUUUGAUAAAAACAAGAUUGUAGCAUCUGUGAGUAAUUUCAGUGUGGUGUCCCUUGAUGAAGAUCAGAUUGCUGCUAAUCUUGUGAAACAUGGUCCUCUUGCUGUGGCUAUCAAUGCGGUUUAUAUGCAGACAUAUAUUGGGGGAGUGUCAUGCCCAUAUGUAUGCUCAAAAAGGCUAGACCAUGGUGUACUAAUGGUUGGUUAUGGUGCUUCUGGAUACUCCCCAAUAAGAAGGAAGGAAAAACCAUACUGGAUCAUUAAGAACUCAUGGGGACCAAAUUGGGGAGAAAACGGAUAUUACAAAAUCUGUAAAGGUCCUAAUGUUUGUGGUGUUGAUUCCAUGGUCUCCACAGUCGUUGCAGUUGCCCAACACUAACAUUGUUCAAACUUACUAAACAUAUUUCUAAUUUCUAAUAAUUUAUUUUUAUGUACCAAUACUUAAUUAACAUAAAUAACAAUCUCACAUUCACACCUC